AUGAAAUAUACAAUCUUUGCUUUUAUUUUUAUUUCUUUUUAUCUUGAAGAAACAAAUCUUUGUGAUAAGUCUGGUGUUUCGGUUUUGCUAUCAGCAAACUACAUUGUCAGACCUGAUAACUUUGAAAUUUAUGGAGUUGGUGGUGUUAAUUUUAGCUUUGUGAAUUCAUACCAAGAUUCUGUUACAAACCAAGUAUUAUUCUUCCAGUUGUCAGCUUUUGCAAAUUCAAUUAGCUAUUUAUCACUUAAAUACACCAACUCAACCUAUGAAAAUCAAACAUUUACUGAUUUCUAUCAGAUUCAAUGUGAGGGUAUCGCUGCUUCUCUUGAGUUUAAAAUAGGAAAUGUAUCGACUUUGUCAAUGAUAGACCCCUAUACUAUGGCAUUCUAUAUACAGUUCAACAUAGACUUAAAUAGUCAGACUGGUUCUCUUCCAUAUAGCUAUAAUAUCAAGCCCUAUAUGGAUAGUCCCUAUAGAUGUGAGCUGACUCUUGUAAAGUCGAAUAAUGUAUUUUUGGCCAAGGUUUAUCUUGAGCCCUCAUAUACAAUCUUAGAGCCAAGACUUACAAUCAAUUUCACUUUAAGUUCUUAUAACCGGACGUUUUCUUUUGCUUCACCAUUUCCUUGGGAUUCUAAUACAUUAAACCUUUUUAAAGAUUCUAGUGCCGUCAGAUAUGUUUCAUAUUUCACCUAUCCAAAUAUAACAUUGUCCUACAGUGAAGACUUUACAUUCCAAAUGCAGACGAUGAAUAAGUUUUCUUUACUGGCAAUUGAAAAUGUAAAUCUAACAAGGUUUUUUUAUAAAUCACCCGAGGCAUCAUUUUACCAGCAAUACCGAUUCGUACACCGAGAUAGCGAAGCCAGUUAUUAUAUUGGAGGAUAUCAGUAUGAGACUUCAAACAUGUCAAAUUUUGAAUCUGUCGAGUGCUCAAAGUAUAGUCUCGUAGUCUAUGAUACUGUUUAUCUCUCUAAAUUUCCAUUAUCAAUUGUUAGUACAUCAACUUUGAAACAGUUUACCAAUGAUUCUCUUGGAGUCACUUUUGUAAGGUCAGAGUUUGUCACCAACUAUUUGCAACAAGUCAAAGUUGACACAGGUACAGUAUCUCGAUCUUUUUUGAAAACAAUCAUUAGUUACCCUUUUGCUCGCAAUUCUUCUGGGUUCUUUUAUAAGUUUGAAGAUUCAAUGUCUUCAAACUUUUCAGGCAAAUAUAUAAGUUCAUCUAUAAAUCUAAAGACUGAUAGCAAUAUAUCUAUUGUUAGCAAUUCAAAGUCAUUGAUAAAAACAUCAAAAUAUAAUAUAAAAAAAAUUGAAUUGAUACCCGUAACAUCGUAUUAUUUCAUCUUUAGAAUAUCAAUAGAGUCUAACUUUGAUAUCAGAUAUAUAUCAUUUGGAGAGACAGACUUUCUAUAUUCUUCCGAUUUGAUUUUCGGAGAUUCAUAUAAUGGAAUAUAUGAAAAAUUGCUCAAAAUAUCGAAACCAUCUUCUUUUAGUGUUAGAUUAUUGGAUGAACUUGGAAAUAGUUAUUCAAUACAGAGUGGUCAAGCCUACAACUCUGACUUUUUAGUUCUGCCAUAUUAUAGACCUUUUAAUUUGAAUGCAAUGUUUGAUAAAGAUAAUAUAACAUAUUUUAGUUUCAAAAAUAGUCUGUGGGAUAUUAAAGCCAACUAUUCAAACACUUUAUAUUUUAAUUUCAGCAACUCUUAUCCAGAUUUAACUCCUACUAUUACUUUCAAUGAUAAAUAUCAAUUCCAAGGAUUUUAUCACCCAGUGUUGAGGCUGUAUACCAUCCAAUUCGAUGCAUCAUUCCCAAUUAUGAAUGGAGCUCUUGAAUAUUCUAUAUCAGAUUUAAUUAUAGGAUCAAUAAUACCAUCAUCUUUAAUUCAAUUGAAUAGUUCAUUAACGGUAGUUAAUUCAGAUGGAAUUUCACCUGCUUUAUUAUUUUAUCUAAAGGCUUUUCCAAGUACCAAUGAGAUAUAUAACCAAAAAGUCAGUGUUGGUUGGAUUUUAGGAGUGUCUGAUCCUCUUGGAUUUGAAAGUGGUUCUUUUGAUGUAGUAUCUGAUGUCGAUGCAAACCCAUACAAAGUUAGAUUCGACAAAGUUAACUUGGAGAAUGGCACAUUGAUCCAUGGAACAUAUAGAGUAUCAAUACCUUUAUAUAAUAUUGGUAUCGCAAAGAAAUUAUCCAUUUCCAAUCUUAUUCUUGUAAAUCAAAAGAAAAGAGUUCAAGAUUUCAAUCCAUUAGUGGGCAUUCUUGAUAAAUAUUCAGACCAAUUAAAAAUAUCAAUUAAUUACACAGUUGAAUAUAUAUCAAAUAAUCCUAAGAUUGAUUCUUUGACAUUUACAGACUCAGUCGAAAUCUAUGGCCCUAAUAGAGCUGUAGAUUUUACAAUGAUUGUAAACUAUGGUUCAAAUUCGUAUCGAGAUUUUGACCGACCAAUAUUUGUUUUGACCUCUGAGAAUGGUCAAUCUUUUAAUAUGACAACAAGUCUGGCAAGAGGCGGAGGAUCUUCCCAAGGAACAUAUACAGCAACAGCUCAACUUCCAUAUGGAUUUGGUUGGAGGAGGAUUUAUGUCUCUGUUUAUGGAAUAGUUGAUGCCAAAUCAAAUUAUAAUGCCUAUCUACCUACAGAUCUUAGAGAUGCAGGCUUGCCAUUCUUUAUAGUUAGGAAAACCAAAAUGACAGUACCGAUUAUCGAAUCGUCCAGUUUGCUGUCAUCUCUUGGUGGAUCUUUGACAAUAUAUGGAAAGCAAUUUGGAAUUCCAAAGGAUGAUAUCAGAUGUUUCAUUAACUAUAAUGAUGGAAUUGGAUAUCAACAGAUUGAUGCAGAUUUCCUCUCUAGUGUAGUGCUCCAAUUUAACAACAAAAUCAAACAGACAAAUUCAAGCUCAGUGGAUAUUGUCGUUACUAGAAAUAAGAUAGAAUCCAAUAUAUUCAAGAUUUAUCUUUUCAAAGCUCAACUAGACCCUAUACCAUCAAAUAUUUGCCCAGGAUCUCCACAGUGUAGUAAUCAUGGUGUUUGUAGAAGUAGUGGUUGUGAAUGUCAAAAACCAUGGUAUGGUCCCUCUUGUUCUUCUCAAAUUAUUAUUAUUCCAACACCACCAGCACAACCAGAUCCAUCAACAAAUGUCACAAUAUUUGAUCCGACAAAUACAAAUAUCAACAAUAUUUCAUCAAGAAUUCAAGUUAUUGAGGUUAGAGAGAUCGAUAGUAUCAUGAACAUUGUCAAUUCCUACAAACUAUCAAAUUGGAAUUUAAAUGAUUUAUCGAACCAAACAGAUCAUCCAAAAUAUUUGUACCAGAGUCUUCUAGAAGGUACCAACACAACCGUAAACAUUUCAAUUGAAUUCUUCAACGAUUCAAGAUCAAUUGAUUUUGGGGGUCAACAAAUAUUAAUUUCACCAUCCUCAAUCAAAUAUUCCAUUAAUAUAUCGUCUUUCAAUUUCCAAUUGAAAACGAAUAUGCUCCAAGUUGUUCUAGAGGCAACCAUCCAAGGAUCCGAUAGUGAAUCAUGUUCAUCCAAACAAAUAGGAAGCAACAACUCUACAAAUGAUGUUAAAUGGAUCAAAAUGAACAUUGAUAAAACUAGUUUAUAUGGAAGAUUUAUUUCUUAUGGAAUCGUCGACACUAGAGUGGUAUCAAUAGACAAUAGAGUUCUCGAUAUUGGCAAUCAAACUGAAUCAUCACAAUACCGAUCGACUACAAUUGGAAUUACUGUUCCCUAUUUUGAAAACAGUGCAUUGUUGGAUCCAGAUUUUUCAUAUCUCAUUGAUGUUGAUGGUGAAGAUGUCGAUCAAUUAUGUUCAUCAAAGUCUGAUAAGAAACUCUCUAAUGGAAUUAUAGCUGCCAUUGUUGUAGCAGCAGUCGUUUUCAUUACGAUAGUUCUGGCAAAAUGA